AUGCAUGUAGAAAAAAAUGUUCGCACGCCGACAUUGUCGCUGUUGAUAAAAAUUUUCAAACGAUGGAUUGUUACGAUGAUUAUUGUGAUAGCUUCGUUGAUUUCACUAAGUCCGGUUAUUCUUCGUUUAUAUGGAGAUGUUAUUUUAACUAAAAUGUUUUUUCAAACUUGGUCUCGAUAUUAUCCAUGGAUUGAUUUGACGAAACCAGAUGCAUUCCAAUUGAAUGCUGUCAAUGUUUAUGAACAAACAGACUCGAAUGUUAAAGUUGGAAUAUGGUAUAUAUUACCAUCCACUGUCGCAAUUGAUCAUAGUUUACCAACACUUGCUGAUCAUCUCAAACAAUAUAUAAAAUCCACUGACUUUCCUAUCAUUAUAUAUUUGCAUGGACAAGAUGGUACAAGAGCAACACAUUAUCGCUCAAAUCAUUAUCGAGUUAUGAGCGCUUUUGGUAAUCACAUAAUCACUCUUGAUUAUCGUGGUUAUGGAGAUUCAACUGGCACACCAAGUGUACACGGUUUUAUUCAUGAUGUAAUACAUGUUUUUAAUGUAAUUCGACAAGUUUGUCCUGAAAAUCCGAUAACUCUAUGGGGUCACUCGAUGGGUACUGGUGUUGCAUUAUGGACGAUGCGUACUUUACUUCAAAAUAACCCUCCUUUAAAACAACCAUCAGGUUUAGUACUCGAGGCACCAUUUUACAAUACUGUUGAAGCUCUUGUUUCGUAUCCGAUUACGAGAGUAUUAAAAAUGAAUCCGUAUUUUAUGCAAGCUGCGCUUGAUUCUUUAGCAGCGGUGAAAAUCAAUUUUCCAAAUAAUGAAAUUAUUUCAUUGCUUCCGUUGCCAAUUAUAAUCAUUCAUUCUGAAGAUGAUGCUAUUAUACCUUACCAUCAUGUUCAAUUGAUUGAAGAUUAUAUCAGCAUUCAUCGUGAUAAAAACUUUCCUGCCAUUCGUUUCAUAACUGUUCCACGUUCAGCAAAUUGUGGACAUAAUCAUAUUUAUUCAUAUCCAAAGUUUGAAGAACUAGUUAGUGACAUUUCAUUCCUGAGAGCUUUAUCAUUAUCUUAA